AUGGAGGUUUGGAAUAAAGCGGCUAUAGCCAAACAUGUUUGGUAUUUGUUUUCGGGUGGGGAAUGUUCUAUGUGGUGUCAAUGGGUUAAGUCAUACUUACUUAAGGGUAAGAGUUUUUGGGGUAUUAAGGUGCCCAGUGAUCCCUCCUGGGUUUGGAGGAAACUAUUGUCACUUAGGGAUUUAAUUUUCCCCCUUAUCAAAUUCAAACUUGGUAAUGGUGGAAAUGUGUUCCUCUGGUAUGAUAACUGGCACCCCUUUGGUUCGCUUCUGCUUCGGUAUGGUCCUAGGAUUUUGUAUGAUACCAACCUUCUUGAUAGUUCUAAGGUUAGUUCUAUUAUCUCAAAUGAUUCUUGGAAUUGGCCUUUUCCUAACUCUUGGGAGAUACAGGAAUGGAUUGCAGCCACUCCUCCUUCUCUUAAACCUUCCCUUGAUUCCCCUGAUAUUCCUGUGUGGAGCUUGACUGCUGAUGGCUCUUUUUCUAUCCACUCUGCUUGGGAAUGUUGGAGGGACAAGGGCCCAAAGGUUACUUGGUCUAAUCUUAUUUGGGGUCCUCCUGUUAUCCCUAGGGUUAGUUUCAUUGUGUGGCUGGCUAUCCAUGAGAGACUUAACACUGGGGAUAGGCUCCAAAUCUUUGGUCUCCUUACUAGCCCUAGCUGCCCUUUAUGUUGUGCCCUUGAGGAAAACCAUUCCCAUCUGUUCUUUAGGUGUCACUACUCCUCUAGGAUUUGGGCUGUUAUCCAAGCUAAAUGUAAUUCCCACUGGCCUUCUCUGCCCUGGUUGGAACUUGUUGAGUUUGCUACUAAAUCCAUCAAUGGUAAAUCUCUGAAAUCUGUGAUUAUGAAACUCUCUUUUCUCUGCACUAUCUACCACAUUUGGAUGGAGAGAAAUAGUAGAAUCUUUAGUAAGGUUUUCAAACCUGAAGAGGUUGUCACUAACUCUAUCAUCCAAAUGGUCAGGGGUAGACUCCUUUCUAUGGAAAAUGUGAAAGCUUAUGCAGGUGACAACUGGUAUUUGGAACAAUGGAACCUGCCCUCUAAAAUCCUGUUGCAGUCCCAAACUGCUGCAGUUGAAAGGAAUUUGAGUGGUGUGAGUUAUCCUACAUUGAGGGUUGAGUGA